UGCGUUGUCACCCAGCACCUUGUCUUUUUCUAAGGUGUCUUUUUUAAGGUGUCUUUUUAAGGUGUCUUUUUUAAGGUGUCUUUUCCAACAUCGCAACAACAGACGUGAAGGAGAGAGAAGAAAAAAGGCGACUAUUUCCGCUGGGAAGGCUUUUAAAAAAAAAGACGGAGAUUUGACGCGGAGGAGAAGAAUGUGUUUCUGUGCGUGGACUUUUACUUUGUAACACAAGACAUUGGAAGAGUUUAUAACAGAAGACAUUGAAUAAGUGUGUAAAAAGAGGCGAUGGAGCGGAAGAUCCUGUGCUUGUUUGACGUGGACGGUACUCUGACAGCACCCAGAUCGGUGAGCUGCUUUAGUCCAAUAGUUACGAAAAUAGACCCGCAGCUGGACCAGUUCUUCCAAACGCUGCGACGCAAAGUCAAGAUCGGCAUCGUUGGAGGCUCCGACUACUCCAAGAUAGCGGAGCAGCUCGGGGAAGGAGACGAAGUCUUACACAAGUUUGACUAUGUGUUUGCUGAGAACGGCACAGUGCAGUACAAAGAUGGGAAGCUCCUCUCCAAACAUGCUAUCCAGGAGCAUAUUGGAGAGGAGCUGCUGCAGGACCUGAUCAACUUCUGCCUGAACUACAUGGGGCUCAUCAAGCUGCCAAAGAAAAGGGGAACAUUCAUUGAGCUGAGGAAUGGAAUGCUCAAUAUUUGCCCCAUCGGUCGGAGCUGCACCACGGAGGAGCGAAUGGAAUUCUCCGAAAUUGAUAAGAGAGAAAAAAUCAGGGAGAAAUUUGUGGCGGCCCUGAAAGAGGAAUUUGCUGGCAAGGGACUGAGAUUCACCAGAGGCGGACUCAUCAGCUUCGAUGUGUUUCCGGAAGGCUGGGACAAGAGGCUGUGUCUGGACCUGCUGGAGAGAGAAGGCCUGGAGCGCAUCUACUUCUUUGGGAACGAGACGUCAGAUGGAGGAAACGAUUACGAAAUCUACAACGACCCUCGGACCAUCGGCGUGGCAGUUUGCUCUCCGGAAGACACGGCCAGACAAUGUGGAUGUUUCCUCAGCGACUCGUCACAUCAGUCCUGAGGUUACGCUCUCAGACAACUCCCAGUGCCUCUUACGUCUGCUGAAAGGCUGUUUCCUCCACACUGGAUCAUUACUGGAUUGUCGCCAGCAGAGGGCAGUGUGGCGUCUUCUUUUACGUCAGUUUGCUCUGCUUGGCGGACUUCCUGUCUUUUCUGCGAGAUGGAAGUGAAGUUUGUUGUUUUUUUUGUUUUGUUUUAAUAUAUCUUUGUUUAUAAAUAUCAACAUUUACAAACAUA